CAAAGUGCUCCUCCUCUCAGGGCUCUCCGGUGGACAGUCUUUCAUAAUAAGAAAAGAAACUGAAACUUCCCGUAUUUUCUCUCCCCAGGAGGCCAUGGCGGCUGCUGCUAAUCCUGUCAAAAAUCUCGAAGAUGAAGUGACUUGCUCUCUUUGCCUGGAGUAUUUUAGAGACCCAAUACUAAUCACAAAAUGUGCCCAUAGCUUCUGCCGAGACUGUAUCACCCAGCACUGCAAGGACCAAGGACCCGGCGUCCGCUGCCCUCAUUGUAGGAAGACCUUCCAUCAGGAAAACUUAAUCUCAAACCGGCAGCUAGCCAACAUGGUGGAAAUAGUCCAGUGUCUGAAGAAAACUGCUCAAAACAGGAGAGAGGAAAGUGAGGUGGAGAAACACCAGGAAGUAUUGAAACUCUUUUGUGAAAAUGAUCAAGAAGCCGGCAAAUUGUGGACUCAGGAUUUUCGAGAUGGGCUUCCCCCCGAUGGGACAGCAUGGGAGAACAGGGAGCGGGAAAUAAGUGAGGUCUCCAAGCAAAUUGAAGUGGUCCAGGAUGCCAUCAGCAGCACUAAGCAGUCCAGUACUGAAAUGAAUGAAUAUGUGUCUCAGAUCAAAGGCUUGAUUACCGAAGACUUUGGUGCCAUGAAAAGGUACCUUGAAACCCAAGAGAGAGCCACACUUCAGGUCAUUGCUCUCGAGCAACGAGUGGCUCAGCAGAAAAUAGACGAAAUGAUUGGCCAGCUCACUGCGAAAGUGAACAAGCUCACCAACAUCAAAGCCCAGCUGGGAAAAGGGCUGCAGCAUAACACAAUGGAGCAGCUGAGUGAUACCAGCACAGACUCUCCGAUAAUAACGCAGAAAAUUACACUCGAUCAUAGGAAGAUUUGUGUUGUCACAAGUGCGGUAGAGGACCUCAAGAAGCAAUUGGAAACAAUAAUAUUGAAGAAUUAUCCAGCACAGCUGCCACAAGAACCUGUAGAUUUACUUCAGGACACAAGUGCCUGUGCCAUGUCUGUGGAUUCUGCAUAUGACAAUCCAAAACCGGUUAUUUCAAGUCAAUUUUCUCAGUGGGCAGUGAACGUGACCUUUGAUCCAGAAAGCAUCCCCUCUAAACUGGAUAUCACAUCUGAGAACAAGAAAGUGAUCGUCUCCCAUUUUUCAACUUCUUAUAAACCAACUGCGAAGAGAUUCCGCAUCAGCCAAGUCAUGUGUUCCCAAAGUUUCUCUGAUGGACGCCAUUACUGGGAAGUAAGUACCAAGGACAGCAGUGGAUGGGCUGUUGGAGUUGCAAAUGGAAAUAUUGGCAGAACCGAUCGGCUGGGAAGAACCGAACUAUCCUGGUGUGUGGAAUGGUCCGAUAAGAAUAAACAAUUGUCAGCUUGGCACAAUAACCGGGAAACCCGGUUAAGUGAUCAAAGGCCCCUGACGGUUGGAGUUUUCCUUGAUCUUGAAAACAAUCACCUGUCCUUUUACUCUCUCACUGAUAAAGAAAUGCUCCUGCAUCGAUUUGAAAUCAGUAUCCUACACCCUGUUUACCCUGCUUUCUGGCUGUAUGGUUUAGAUGAAGAAGGAUCCUUAACUAUAAAUCAUAUCAACAGGGACUAGUUUGCAGUUCUUAUGGAAACUGAAGACUUAAACUGUGAAUUGCAGGGAUGCAAGAAAUAAAGCUUUAUAGAGCUUCAGGUUUUGGAUAGGAGGCUUUUAUAUCAUGAUGCAGGGAUAACAUCUUUAGCAUGGCAGGGAAUUAACAGCGGAUGUGUUUUGUUCCUCUGCUUUUCUCUAUUUUCACCCUCCUUUUUACAAAUUCUGCCUGAUCCGUCCUGUUUUUGUUAAAGCAGCUCUAUCAAAUGGCAGUAAUGAGAAGCAGGGAUCUGUACUUACAGGAGCGAGGCAGUUACUCUAAGUCAAUGGUUUUCAAACUUUUUUCCUAGCAACCCGGGUUGAAGAAAAUAAUUGAUACCCACAGCCCAUCGGAGCUGGGGAUGAGGAAUUUGAGGUGUGAGCGGGGUUCUGGGCUGGGGCAGAGAGUUGAGGUGCAGGGGUGAGGGCUGUGGAAUGGGGCUGGGCACUGGGGAAUGGGCUUACCUCUAAUGACUCCCAGUCAUUGGUGCAGCAGGAGUGCAGAGGCAGGCUUUCUUUUGGAUCACACUGCACACCGGACAUGGUCAACAGCAAGUCUGGCUCCUAGGCGGAGGUGCACAAAUGGCUCUCAUCUGCAGGCACCGCCCCCCCAGCUCCCAGCCAAUGAAAGUGUUGAGCUGGUGCUUGGGCCGGGGGCAGCACAGGGAGCCCAGUGGCCCCCCUGCCUAGGAGCCAGACUUGCUAGCUGCUUCCAGGACAUACGGUGUCAGAACAGGGACUCCCCAGUUGUUUUCAAAAUGCAGGUCAUGACCCAGCUUUUAGGGUUGCCAGAUGCUUUCACAAAAAAUACCGAACAUGGCAGGAAUAAAAUUCGUUGUUUUAAAAAAAAAAAAAAAAAAAACCCAGGGGACCAAUGUUGAGCAAAAAAAUACCGGACACCUAGCAACCCUACCAGCUUUCGCUAGCUGCCAGGGUCCCUGGGUGCUGAGCAAGGCAACCCAGUGAAAAUGUGAAAACCACUAUCCUAUGUGCCAUAUAUAGCUUUCUCUCUUUAUAUUCCAUUUCAUGUGCCACAUGUAGCUUUCUCUCUUGAUUCACAGGGAAGAUUUGAGAAUAUAAAUUAGUCCCUUAUUGUCAGGGCUCACCAAACUGCAGCAAGCCCCGCUCUCCAGCCACGCUGUUCGGCGAUCUGCACAUGUGCAGAUUGCCUGAACCAGGCUCUUCCGGGUUACAAUCUACUCGCCAUGGGCGAGUAGAUUGUACAAUUUGUCGAGCCCUGCUUAUUGUAAUAUGUUCAUCCAUCCACUUUAGUUACAGCCAGCGUAAAACAAUCCCUUAUGUUAAAUAGGGACAUCAGUAGAAUCCUGUUCAAUGGAAUGAAAGAUCUGUAGUUGAGUCAGGUGGCCAGAUGAGAGGGGAAGAUACCAUGAGUGUGGUGCAUGUUUUGGGGAUAAGCACUGAAUUCCAGUAAAUGGGCUGUGUAUCCUCAGGGACCCAGUGCUACUGGGAAAUCUGCCAGAGGAAGAACAGUCUGUGAUGGGUUGGGUCACAGCGAUCCCCUUGAGAUUGUCCCCUGAUGUGCUGCUCAAACUACUGAGCCCACCUGUCUGCCCUCUGGGGGGUCCUACCACCCUGUCCUGCUAAGCCAGAAUCUCUGGUCUCCCCCAGCCCUGGCACAGAGUUGGGGUAUCAUCCCCAGGGUAUCAGCCCCCUAGCAGAGUAACAGACACUGAUAACUACUCAGCUGUGGAGGGUGCAGUUACAGAGACUUGUCAGCAUCCAGGAGCACAGCCUCAAUGGGACCAAAACCCCAAAUCUCUUUGUGUAAGUUUUAAACAGAGAAAUCUCAUAAAGUUCACUUUCUUUACCAACAAAAGAGAGAGAUGCACAGCUGUUGCUUCACCCCAACCCCCAGUAACAGUUAUUUACACUGGGCUUGCUACUAAACAAAAGUGAUUUUAUUAAGUAUAAAAGUUGGAUGUAAGUGAUGGCAAAGGAUGACAGACAGAUCCAAGUAAGUUACUAAGCUAAAAAUAAAACAAAAUAUACCAGCGAAGUUAAAAGAAAUUGUUAUAAAGCAUAAUUUUCACCCCAUUCCUUAUUUUAGAUAAAAUUCUUCAGGCCAAAGCUGAUCUUUUUUCUAACCUGGGCCCAGCUGCUUCUCCACCAUUCCUUAUUAGAAUUCUUUAUCCUCUUGUGGAGGGGAGCAAUAUGUGAAGAGAGCUGAAGACCCUCAUUAUUUGCUUCCCAUCCCUUAAAUAGAAUUUCCGCAGGGUGCAAAGUCUUUGUCCCAUUCCCCCUCCUCACUCCUGGGGAAAAAUACCAAAUUCAAGAUGGAUUCCAGCUCCAAGUGGCAUGGUCACAUGUCUUCAUAGGACCAACCGCAGUUUGGGCUUACAGGAAAAACAAGAAUAUUCACAGAUCCUGGUCUUGAGCUCCGGGCCAUUAAAUCCCUUAAGUACCACUAAUGGCUUUCAUUAGAAGAUCUAGAUUAAUAAACAGGUUUACCCUUUAUAUUUUGAACUAUGCAUACAAGAAUGAUAUGUGCACACACAUGGAAUACAUAUACCAGGGCUACGUCUAGACUGGCAUGAUUUUCCGCAUGUUUUCCGUUAAAAGCAUUUUCGAAAAAGAACAUCUAGA